AUGUCCGCCGCCUUCUCCGCCUGCUUCCGUUCAUCCUCCGCCAAUCGUCGCCACCCUCCGCCGCCAGAUUCCGGCUUCCCCAAUCUCACCACCUGCAUUUACCACACUAAUUUCGCUCUCUUUACCCUCUCAUGGUCUCAAUCCCUCUUCUCUCACUCCCUUCUCCUUAACUUUCACCGAAACCCCAAUUCCUUUGAUUCACCUCCAAAUCCUUCUUCUUCUUCUUCAAUCUCUUUUCGUCUACUUAUCAGAGCUUUAAAUCCAUGGAAGAAACACGGCUGUGAGAAGCUUUCAGAUAGUAUCCAUGUCUUUUGGGAUCUCCGGCGAGCCCGUUUCUCGUCGUCGCCGGAACCCUAUUCCGGAUUCUUCAUCGCGGUGGUUGUGGAAGGAGAAAUGAUACUUCUCGUCGGCGAUAUGAUCAAAGAAGCCUCUGCGAAAACCAGAGCGGCGAAAUCCCAAAUUCCCCAAACCCUAAUUCUCAAAAGGGAACACGUGAUUGCGCACAAAAUCUACACCACGAAGGCGAAAUUCGGCGGUCAAAUCCGAGAAAUCGAAAUAGACUGCGGCUUAUUCGAAGGAAACGACGACGAAUUAGGGCUGUCGUUCAGUGUUGACCGGAAAAUGGUUUUGGAAAUCAAACGGCUGAAAUGGAAAUUUAGGGGAAACGAAAGAAUCGAAGUGGAAGGGAUUCCGGUGGAUGUGUAUUGGGAUGUUUACAGCUGGGUUUUCGAAUCGGAGAAAGAAAACAGAGGAAAUGCGGUGUUUAUGUUCCGAUUCGAAGCGGAAGAACAGAGCAAUCCGGCGGCGCGACAGCAGAAUCUAAACCUGGGAUUGAACGAAUUGGAGUGGCGGAGGAUGAGAAGUAGCUUGUCGUCGUCAUCGGUGUCGGUAUCGGCGUCGACGUCGUCGGUCGGAUCAUCCGUCGGAGCUAGUUCAUCGGUGAUGGAAUGGGCUAACGGAGAGGAUAGCGAUGUAAUCGGAGCUCCGCCGGGAUUUUGUCUACUGAUUUACGCUUGGAGAAGAUGA